AUGUCUCAGGAAGCGAUUGAGAACACAAGGAAGAUUAAUGCGGCUUUGCGAGUGAUAGAAUCUAAGCCUACUGUUUCGGAUAAUGAUAAGAAGCGUGGUUUGAAGGAAUAUGUGAUGGAAGAUGGGACAGUUUGCUCUACACAGGAGCGGGUAGUGAAGAGUGUUCCCCCGGUGGCUGCCACGGUGCCCCGGGAUGACGAGUUGUUCAAGGAUAACGGACUGCCGGACCACCAAUUUUUGAAGCAACACUUCAUUAAGGAAGGGCGCUUGUCACGUGACCAAACUAUGAGGAUCUUGCAGAUGGUAACAGAUAUUCUAGCCAAGGAACCCAAUCUUUUGCAGUUGAACUCGCCAUUGACGAUCUGUGGGGAUAUCCACGGGCAGUAUUAUGAUCUCAUGAAAUUGUUCGAAGUUGGUGGGGAUCCAAGCGAAACUCCGUACCUCUUUUUAGGAGAUUACGUGGACAGAGGAUCUUUCUCCUUCGAGUGUUUGCUAUACUUAUAUGUACUCAAGAUCAACUUCCGGGACACGUUCUUUUUGUUGCGUGGGAACCACGAAUGCAAACACCUUACAUCUUAUUUCACUUUCAAGGCUGAGUGUUUGCACAAAUACGACUUAUCGAUAUUCGAAGCCUGUUGCAAGACUUUUAAUUUCUUGCCUCUUGCUGCAGUGAUGAACAACCAAUACUUCUGUACCCAUGGUGGUAUCUCACCAGAGUUGGUAACGGUGCAAGAUGUCAACAAGAUUAACAGAUUUAGAGAAAUCCCUUCGAAGGGUUUAAUGUGUGAUUUGAUGUGGGCGGACCCAAUUGAAAACUACGAUGAGGAAACUGAGUCUGACGACAGGUUCGUGCCAAACUCGUUAAGAGGCUGUUCGUAUGCAUUCACAUACAAAGCUGUAUGUGCAUUCUUGAAAAGAAACGGUUUGCUAUCUGUCAUUCGUGCCCAUGAGGCCCAAGACCAAGGCUAUAGAAUGUACAGAAACACAAAGACUAUGGGGUUCCCCAGCUUGAUGACUUUAUUCAGUGCUCCUAAUUACUUGGAUACAUACAAGAACAAGGCUGCGAUAUUGAAAUACGGCGAUAAUCUCAUGAAUAUCAGACAAUUUAACAUGUCCCCACAUCCGUACUGGUUACCAAACUUCAUGGACGUAUUCAGCUGGUCGUUACCGUUUGUUGGAGAAAAAGUUACAGAAAUGUUAAUCGCAAUCUUGAAUAUUUGUGCGGAGGAAGAGCUGGACGAAGAAAUACCUGUGAUUGACAAUGAUGUUGGGAACCUUGAUCGAGAUGAUAAUUCACAAACAUCAGAAGAAUCAAAGAAAAAUAUUUUAGAUGAGGCCAAGCGUAAGUCUUUGAGAAAUAAGAUCAUGGCUAUUGCCAAAGUCUCAAGAAUGUACACAGUUCUACGAGAAGAAAGUGAAAAAGUUCAAUACCUGAAGACGAUGAAUGCAGGAACAUUACCUAAAGGUGCUUUGUCUCAUGGGUCUGAAGGUUUAUCAGAAACUUUAAGCGAAUUCGAAAGAGCUAGAAAAGAAGAUCUCAUCAACGAGAGACUACCUGCUAAAUUAGAAGAUCUGGAAUUAGAAAGAGAAAAGUACUAUAAAGAGAUGCUCGAGAAGAUUAAGCGUGACGAAUUAUAA